AUGGAUUUCCACCGUCCAGCAUCCACAAUCGGUUCCGUCGACCGGAAACCUUCCACAUUCUCCUUCGACGACCAGUCGGCACUGGAUUUGGACACGCCCACCCUCAUGUCUCCCACCACCAGCACCCAAGGCAUCUUCUCGCCUGAUACCGCCUCGCUGUGGGACGACUCCUCCUUUGGCCAAUUCGUCGACCGGACUGCCACGAGCUCCGUCGUCCAUCAAAAUGGCAACAACCCCUUCUUUACCGAGCAGAGCAACAACCCCUUUGCCCGCUUACCUGCAAACCAAGCUGCCACUUAUGGCCAGCAGACGUGGCCCGUGGUCGACAACAGCGGAUCCCAGACGCCUACUGCCACCAACCCAUUGAACCCCUUCGGUCCAGUCGACUACGACCCUGCUCAAUCGGCCUUUGUUCCCCAGCAGAUGCCCCUCAACGGGCUGCCAAUGCACGGCAACGUCAGGCCCAGCUCCGUGUUUCCCCCUGGACCUCCGGAGCAACCUCUCUCCCCCCACACCAACUCCGAAUGGAUGGCCUUCAACCAGCAGGAGAUGGAGGCUCGCCCGGGAGGACCCAAGCGCAUGCGGCCCAACUCCCCGCACACCCGCUCCUUCUCCCCUCGCCGGGACGGCGGCAUCAGGAAGAAGAAUGCGCGUUUCGAAAUCCCGGCCGACAGGAACCUCCUCAACAUCGACCAGCUCAUCUCCAACUGCACCAACGAGGAAGAGAUGAAGGAGCUCAAGCAACAAAAACGACUACUCCGCAACCGCCAGGCCGCUCUUGACUCGCGCCAGCGGAAGAAGAAGCACACGGAAGAGUUGGAACUGGAGAAGAAGACAUGGACGGAGAAACUCUGUCAGCUCCAAGACGAGUUCCAACGGCUGGAGCUAGAGUACAACACUCUGCUCCAGGAGAAGGACGCCUGGUACCAUGAGCGGCGCGAGAUGACUCAAAUGUUGAGCCAGUUGCAGUUCGACAAGGAGGAGCUUGUGCGCACGCACACUCUGGAGACGGGCGAUCUCCGCAAGAAGAUCUCCGUCCUCACUGAACGCCUGGAGUGCUCUAGCUCUGCCAUGUCUGUGCAACCCAGCUCGACCUUCACCGACUUCGCUUCCGAGAUGGGCAACCUCAACAUGAGCAACAGCGACUGGGACAACUACAUCUUCGUCAACGACUUCAUCGCCGACGAGCAGACUCCCGCACCACAGCAGCCCGAGCAAUCUCUUGUUGUCGCCCCACGUGCCAAGGAAGGCGAGGACAAGUCUGCUGCCUCCGGUCUUCUGCUUAUGCUGUUGCUUUGCGGCGCGUUCGUUGCAAGCAAGUCGACUGGCUCUACCGCUCCUCCCAUUCCACGUAUGCCGGACGAAGUUCGUGCCGCCUCCGCCACUGUCUUGGACAGCAUCUUCAAGGAUGCCGGCGUUGCUCCCACGCUCACGGAGCAAGGCGUCGUUGCCAAUCGUGUGUCCGAGUUGGAACCAGGCCCAUCCGGAAUGCCCUGGGCAAAGACGACCAUCUCUGGUUCGCAACUGGCCGGCAUCUCGGGCUCAAGCCUUGACCAACUGCACGCUCAACUCACUUCGACGACAAAGGACCAAGAGAACGAGCAACUCUUCUCCGUCACCCCGGCCCAGUACAACAGCAUCAACUCUAUGGACUACUCUCGACCCCGGUACAGCAUGACAAGCGACGACUACUCCGAUGCCCUCUCGCCCGGCUCGCAACCCUCUCAUCGCCGCAACCUUGCAGAGACUCUGGCUGCCAUGCGCGAGCAAAGCAAGGGCGAGUCGGCUGCCGACAUCUACACGCGAAGCUUGCUCUGGGACAAGAUUGCCCCCGAGGUCGUCAUCGAGUUCAAGCGUAUCGUCGAAGAAAGUGCCGUAUGCUCCCGACCGGCAACCUCUGACGGCACAAAGGUGGAGGGGGCUGAUUAG